UCAUUUCGUAACGAGCGUUUUGAAAUACGUGUUUUCGAACUGGAACGACGUCCGGGUGGUGAUAGCUGCGCAAAAUCGACCAUUGAGCUUGAACACAGAAACCUGAGCGAGGGCGAUACCGAACUCACCAUCAUCAGAGCUCCACCCGGAAAUCAUCUCGUCUUGUCGAUCAUGAUCGAUCGGAUUGUAGUCGAUGGCAUGCGUGGCUUCACUGAAAGAUAUGGAGUCUGUACAGAACAAAAUGAGCCAUUGGGUUGCUGA